GACGGGAGCCGCUGUUUUCAAUUCACCAUCGCAGAAGAACCCAUUACAUUUCGUUUAUUUUUCGUUACCAUUCUUAAUUUCAGCGAUGGCACCGGGAUACUAACAAUCAUGGCGAAUUCCCGAGCAAAGAAUCGGGUCUGACUGCCAUGUGUGAUCCAUCUUUUUUGCAUCACAGAUCGUACCAGGCUUAUGUAUUUUAAAUAUAUAGGACGCUUACAUGUACUGUGUACAUGUCUCCUCAUAGAAUGACUACAGUAUGUGAGACAACGCUGAUGCCAAUGGAUAUACCGAGGGAUGAUGCGUGAUAAAAACGGAUUUAUUCCUGUCGAAGAUAAGAUGUGUAUCGGUGUGGCGUGGGAGAAAAUGUCUUUGGCUCCAGCCAGAAAAUGAAGAUGGGAAGAAGCGCCGUGUCCUGUAGCCCAGUAGCGAGAGACAGUCGUUAUUUACACAUCUAAAUCUGCGCACAAGAUAAUGAUACUGACGCUGUAUCUCAGGAUUAAACGGUACCACAAAACACAGCUGAAAUAGAGUAAUUGUGCUAUUAAACUCUGCUUGAUUUAGUCACCGUGUGAUGGGAAUAUACCGCUAAGGCUUGGCCUAGCUUUAUGGAAAACCCGAAGACAUGACAUGCACACGAAAAAAGAGGAAACGAUAUUUUUUGUUUUUUAAAACCCGUAUGUGUGUAAUAUUUCAGCUUCUGGCAUAAUAUUGUUUAAACCGUUCAGCAAAAGACUUCCCAGUGAAACAGAUUUUGGUUCUAUUUUUCAGACGUGACCAUUCCCUGUAUUAAUUAAUUCAUUAAUUAUUGUUAUUUUUUUCAUUCUCUGUUGUUCAUAAAGGACGUAGAGGUUCAUCUUGGAUUACAAUUUGGAUUCAUGUGCGAUUCCUUGAACGCGUUGUGUCGGGUCGAAAAAACGUAUUUGCACAUUUUUGUGUGUGUUUUUAUUUUGUAUUUAUUUUAAUUUUUUAUAUAUUUACAAGAAGCUCCCGUUAAGGCCUACCAUCGAGACAAAAUCCAUUGUCUGGAGGAAGAUCGAGAAUUCUAGGUGUGGAGGCCAGAAGAGGUGGCACAUUUGAAGGGACGCUCCAAAGAGAACUGUACAAAAAUGGGGCAAUGCAGAUCAAGCUUCUCUCCUUCCAUUUGAGACAACAACGAAAGGCAACCACGAGGACGGACGACAGCUCAGCCGGAGGAGGCGGAGGUGGAGGAGGGAGUGGAGGAAGCAGGGGUAAAGGAGGAGUUGAAGGAGGAGGUGUGCGAUUUGAGCAGAAAAAGGUAUGGCCAACGGAAAUGCAAGCAACGAUGGGCCUGGGAACCCCUUGGCGGCCGUGGUGUCCACUACAGGUGGCGUGAUGGGUGGAGCACCUUCUUCGGCCGUGUCUACCUAUGUGAAACUUGUCCUUCUGGGGCUGAUCAUCUGCAUCAGCCUGGUGGGCAACUUAGUGGUAUCCCUGUUAGUGUUAAGGGACAGAGCCCUACACAAGGCACCCUACUACUUUCUUCUGGACCUCUGCCUCGCCGACACCAUCCGCUCUGCGGUCUGCUUUCCCUUUGUCCUGGUGUCCAUCAAGAACGGCUCGGCCUGGACUUACAGUGUGCUCAGCUGCAAGGUGGUGGCCUUCGUGGCCGUCCUUUUUUGCUUCCAUGCUGCCUUCAUGCUGUUCUGCAUUAGUGUCACACGCUACAUGGCCAUCGCCCACCACCGCUUCUACUCCAAGCGAAUGACCUUCUGGACCUGCGUUGCGGUGGUAUGUAUGGUCUGGACGUUGUCAGUCGCCAUGGCAUUCCCACCCGUCUUUGACGUUGGCACCUACAAGUUUAUCCGCGAGGAGGACCAGUGCAUCUUUGAACAUCGCUACUUCAAGGCCAAUGACACUCUAGGCUUCAUGCUGAUGCUGGCUGUGCUAAUCCUGGCUACACACGUGGUCUACAUGAAGCUCCUGCUGUUCGAAUACAAGCACCGAAAGAUGAAGCCGGUCCAGAUGGUUCCAGCCAUCAGCCAAAACUGGACCUUUCACGGACCUGGGGCCACAGGACAGGCGGCCGCAAACUGGAUAGCAGGGUUCGGCCGUGGCCCAAUGCCUCCCACUUUAUUGGGCAUCAGGCAGAACUUGCACAACCAGAACAGACGCCUGCUAGGCAUGGAGGAGUUUAAGGCCGAGAAGCAGCUUGGCAGGAUGUUCUAUGUCAUCACCUUGUUCUUUCUGGUGCUCUGGUCCCCGUACAUUGUGGCCUGUUACUGGCGGGUCUUUGUGAAGGCGUGCACCAUCCCACACCGGUAUCUUUCCACCACAGUGUGGAUGAGUUUCGCCCAAGCGGGCGUGAACCCCAUCAUCUGCUUUUUCCUCAACAAGGACCUGAAGAAGGGCCUUCUGGCCCACCUGCCUCCCUGCUGUAGAACUCCACCUCAACUACCCCGUGAGCCUUACUGUGUCAUGUGAAGAUGAGUGUUCAUUCAUAAUGUUUUUUUUUCUCUUUCUCUCUUCUGGAUGGUCGGAGAGUGGACAGCUAGGGGGAGGGAAUAAGAAGUCUUUAAAGAUGGAGACGUGGAUGAACUUUAAGAGCUGUUGUGGCCUUUGAUUCAGUUUUAAGAUGCUUUAAAAGGGUGGAUGUCACGGAAUAAGCAUCUACUGUCACCUUAAUGAUUUUAAGGGGGAAAUGGGCUCUACUCUAAUGUGUGGUUUGCUUAAAUCAACUCUGAACAGGUUUGAGGAACCGUAUGUUUUGCAUUAGGGUGGUACAAAUCAACCAAACUGGUCUAUUUUAUGGUGAAUGUAUGAAGGCUAUAUCAAAAGGCUUCUCAUGAUCGAUUUCAACAAACAUUACCAUUUGAUUUGGCUCAGUAUCUGUAUCCCUUUACCAGGAUCCUGAGGGCCUUGAAUCAAAGAUUUACAAAAAAUAUUGUUCAUGCCUUGUGAACAGCUGCACUCCUGGCAGAGUAAUUUAUAUUAUUUGAACUGCUGAUUCAAAAAUACUCUAUGUGCAUGUGUAUUACCUUAUCUUUAAUGCGAAAAACUUGAGAUUAAACUAUUUUUAAGAACGAGUGCCACGCAUAAGCCUCUAGGAAUGAAUGAGGCUGACAAAAAAAAGAGUUCCUAAAAUUUAUGCUAAUUGGUUGGGCUGAAUCCUUCCCGUGGCUCCAUCAGGCAGGAAUUAAGAUGCUCAUAAAACAGUGUGUAUUUAAAAGCAACUUCCGGAACAAAUAAUGUUUUUCCUCCCAAGUUGAUUCAAAGGGAUUGUAGUUGAAAGGAGCUGAAUGAAAAUAUGAAUCUUUGUGAAAUAUGGCCUAUUCAGGUUUCCCUGAGUAACAUUUUCGUUGUAAUUUAUUGUUUUUUAUUUGUCUCUUUAUCUCUCUCAACUCUGUUUACUCAUUAAUUUAUCAAAUAUUUUCUAGCAUUGCACAAAAUAUAAUGCCCUUAUAAUUUCCAUAAUGGAUCUGAAUAUAUGACCAGUCUUACAAUAAUCAGACCAAGAAAAUGUGAAGUAUUUUACUGUAAGUGGUCUCAUUUUGUGAAGAGACAGUUCAGGAUUGAGUGAAAAUACUGAUCUGUUAAUGGUGUGUUACGGUUAAACCAACCGAUCGUUUGUCCUUCCAAACAAUUGCACAGAAGGUGCUGUAGAGGUGAAGUUACUAGUCUUUUGCAUCUUGAAUUACUUGAAUGAAAGUUUACUAGCCUAUUGGAUCUAGACAAAAUCAAAAUGUUUUUAAUAUGUGAUUUUCAUACAUGUAUCUUGGACGUUAAUUAAUUUAGCCUUUUACAUUUUCAAUCAUAUGUCAGUGAAAGGUAGGUUGCAUUAGAGGUAUUUUAGUUUACUGUGUUACAUACUAACACAUGAUAUGUGGAUUCCUGAAAAGAAGAAGUUGGUCAGGUAGUAAGGAGGAACCUAAAGUUUAAUGUUUGUGCUGGAUCAGUCUGACAGUGUGAUUCGGCCUCAUGUUUAGCAGAAAUCAAACAAAAAUCUAAUUUUAAUCUUGUAAUAAAAAUAUGAAUGUGUUUGAGAUAAGGGGAAAAAAAGUGUAAGCUGGUAAUGGAAUGUAUUCCAUUUCAUUAGGAGCUAACAAGUGGGUGAACUAAAUUCCGGAAUCCGUUCGAUGUCAAAUGAAUUUCCCUUAAUAUUUUGCACACAACUCAAGAAAUCAUUGAUCAGUCACAUGAUUUCUCUGGCAUAUUUUGACUUGAAUCAGAAUGCUGACCAAUGCAGACAGGACAGAUUGCAAUAUUUCUGUGAAUGUUCAAUGAGAUCUCUCUGCAGGUUAGGCAUGGAAUUGGUAGGAGUGAUCAGACUUUCUUUUUCUAAAACCUGUCAUUGCUAGAACACAGAAAAACAGCAGAAAAACAUCUAUGAUGAACAGAAGAAGAGGAAGAAUUAUUUCUGUUAUCUGCAUUUUAUGCCUUACUCCAUUACCUAGGUUUAAUGUUACCAAUGCAAGAAUGAUCUGAAAGCUCUAUGCUUAUGUAGACACCAAUAAAUCAUACAAAAACAUAUGCUGGGGAAAACACAACACUGUGUAUUUGUGGAUUAUCAGAGGACACAUCUUGCUGCCCUUCACAAGCCUACAGGUUGCGGGUAAGAAGACAGCUGCAUCGGCUGUGUUAUUGAAUUUGUGAACUGAGACGCGGGAGUGUACAAUUUUGCUCUGUUCUCUGGAGAGACUUGAAUUUGUGGAAAAAAGAAAAAAAAAAACACGACACAGAGAGACACACACUGAUUUUCCGUGGAAUUAAAAGGAACUUCUUGGAUUCUUAAGGAUUUCUUUGAGACUUUUUUUCUUCUUCUUGUCCUUGGGCGGGAUCGGGGUGGGGGACAGUAUGUGAAUGACCGUUUGGGCUAUUGUUGUAUUCACCUGUGAAUAGGAAAUCGCUUGGGUCGGUGUUGGGGUUGGGUGAAAAGAAUGUGAUUUUGUAAAGAGCAAAAAUGCCUGGUAGAACAUUUUUAGUUGCUUCAGGCAUCUUAUCUUUUGUAAAAUAACUGUGAACCUCUGUGUAAUUUCAUGUGUAUUAUAUGGACAACGCACUAACUUCAAGUGGGGGGCGGAGUGAAGGGUGGGGCCCUUCAUCAUCAUCUUUUUAUCACGCAUGUGUGUGUGAGUGUUUACGCUGAGUACGAGUGUGUGGACGGAACUGGGUACUCAUGAGGAACAAAGCAAAGGUGAAAGGUCAGACAUACAGCCUCUGAUAGGAACCACUCCUGUAGUUGAUCCACUAAAACUUCACAUUUUCAAUGCGACAACACAACUGUAAAGAUUACGAAGAGCUGAGCCUUAAAUAAAGGUGGGGUAAGCGAUUUCUGGUAGCCAAUGUUGACAUU